CCCCGUCCAACCAAAAAAAAGUGGAGGACGGCAGAUGUGCUUCUGGCAUUCCUCCAUGAAAAACUCAUCUCUCUGCCAGAAAUGGCAACAAAAAACAUCUUUUUGUAUGUUCCUAACAUCAUAGGUUAUGUCCGCCUGGUUCUUUUAGCAAUAUCUUUCUGGUUCCUGAGAACGACACCUUUAUCGUUUUUAUCUUUUUAUUGCUUUUCCAUAAUACUAGAUGGUUUUGAUGGCUAUGCGGCUAGGAAACUUAAUCAGGUCUCAACAUUUGGAGCCUGGCUUGAUGUUGCAAUUGAUAAUUUAAGCAGAGGAAUGCUAUAUGCUCAUGUAUUCAAGUUUGGCUGGUUGAUCAGUUCCAUUGAGUGGAUGGUGUUUGUAUGUACUCACACACUUGGCAAAGCAUGGAAAGGCUCUUCAAAGUCCUCCCCACCAGUGUGGGUACAGGCUGUCAUGGCUAAUGGUUUCAAGACACCAAUUGGAGCAUUUGCAAUACUUGGUCUGCAUGGUCUUCCCAUAUGGUUUUAUAUAGAAAGAGUAAAAUUAUUGGACGAAACCCUGAGCCCAUGCAUGCAAGCAUAUGUGACGCUGUGCUUAUCUGCAGGGAGACUGUUGUGCUUUGCUGUUGAGUCAUGGUUUAUCUACGCCCACAUUGAAGACAUGGUGGCCUCUGAUGUCGAGGAAGAACAGGAUACGAAAUUUAAAGAGCAACGAGCCAUCCGAAUCGAAAGAGUCUUAAAAAGGGAGGUCAUUGCCAAACCCAGGUCACGGUCAGCUCCGAGAAGAGUUCCUCUCAGGCACGUAGGAUCAACUAUGAUUGAAGAACAAAGAGAACGAAGAAGUGAUUCCUCCUCGCCCGUCAGAAGACGAAGGCGUAUUCGUGUAUCACCGAAUCGAAACCGAAGACCUAACGACGACUCACCGACACAAGUACGAGAAAGAAGUCGAAGCCCAAAUGACCAGGAAAGUAGGCAAAAUUCACAGAUUGGGCAAAAUGAGGUGGAAAUAGAAAAGAAUAAAGGAGAAAUAUCAAGAGAUAUGACCAUGAUAAGAGAAGUACCGAGUGUUGGUGGAGGUAUAGAGAACAGCAAUUUGAUCCAAAAUGGAUCGGAGGAAACUUUAAUUGAUCCGAGUGAAAACUAAAUAACAUUGAAUACAAUUUCCAAACUACAUAAAUAAGAUGUCAAGAAAGCGUUUAUUUAAUAUCAGAUGGUUUGUACGAAAGUAUUUUUGGGGACGUUAAUUGUAAUACUUACAUUGAUUUUAUAUUAAAAUCUCUUCUGCAAGUGA